AUGGAUAUGCGCGUCGUUCUCUGUUUACUGUCGCAUUACUACUUGUUUUCAGUUGCAUUGUCGGGCGCGUCUGCGCAGUUCAGCCCAAUUAAAGAGGAAAUAUUAGACUCUACAUCAGAGAGAAGUCUGCAGUGGAUCUCACAGCCAGGAAAUGCAUGGCAAGAGACAACCAUGAAACUCGGGCUGGACUCGGCUCACUCUGUCUACCAAGGCUGUGAGUUCAAAUUAAAAAACAAGUUAAAAACAUUGUGGACUAAGUGGAUACCAAAAAAGGAAGCUCAUGAACUCAGUUUGGAUUUGCUGUUUGCUCAGGAUGACCAAAUACCUGUUAUUAUUCAGUUGUUAGAGUCGAACGAACCCGUGGACAGUCCUGGCUCAGGACGAAAAGUGAAUGAGGUUGUAGCUCGUAUGUCUUUUUCUCAAGUUAGCAUUGAAGAUGUGGAAAAACACCUGCACCAUGCUCAGGGUUUGAAUCUUGGAAAGAUCUCGCAAAAAGGCUUUCAUCUAGGUUUUUCCUACAGUGGAUCCUGCAUGUUCAUUUCCUCUGUGCGGGUCUUCUAUAUAAAAUGUCCAGGGUUUACGGCAAACCAGACUAGUUUUGGAGAAGCGUCAGCCAGCUCAGAGUGGACCAGAGGCCAAUGUGUGGAUGGUGCUAAGGAAGUUUCAGCUCCAAUGAUUGAGUGCCAGUCAAAUGGAGAGUGGAGUGUAAUGCAAGGGUCUUGUGUCUGUGGAGCAGGUUAUCAAACAGAUGGGGACAUGUGCAAAGCUUGUGAUUUGGGCAGCUACAAAGCCGUCAAUGAUAGUGGAGAAUGUCGGCUUUGCCCCCCUAAUAGCAAAACAUCACUGAAAGGUGCAUCAGAGUGCGAGUGUAACAAUGGAUAUGCCCGUCUACAGAAUGCCCCACCACAACUUGGUUGUUCAAGACCUCCAACACGACCACGCAACCUAAGCAUUCAUCGCUUGAAUGACACGGCCCUGGUUUUAAACUGGGUCGCACCUGAAGAUCUGGGUGGAAGAGAGGAAAUAAUGUACGAUGUGUCAUGUAGACAGAAAACUGAGUCCCAUGUUCAGUGGGAGCCAUGUCUUGGUUCUCCAUUGUUUAUUCCAGGAUCCACAGAGCUGGUUGAGACUGAGGUCAACAUUACUGGACUGCAACCGCAUGUGAGCUACCUGUUUACUGUCUGUGCUCACAACAGAAUAUCUGCGAUACUUAGCAGAGAUGGGUCUGAUCAGUCCAUUGCUGUGUGGAAGACUUCAGUGGUAAUCCCUUCAGUUCUCUCCAAUCCUGAACCAACGGCUGCUGUAAAGCAGGAGCUCAUGGCUCCUGUGAUUGGCGGUGUUCUAUGUGGAGUACUGCUGCUCCUGGCUUUGAUACCAGCUACGUUCUGCUUCAUUCGUAAAGGAUAUAAAAAGCUCAGAGGAGAUCAUGAUAUGGAACUCGCGCCUCUGCAGAAUAACAGCAGAGUAUAUAGACGUCCUUUGGAAGCACAGACCACAUCUCCCCAAACCAGCAGUUCUGUUCAAGUUCUAAGCACUGUAAAUGAGAGACUACUGUGUGGCAUCAAGGAUGUGUUGGUAGAUCGCAGCAGAGUGACUUUGGGCAAGGAGCUUGGAAAAGGAGAAUUUGGGGCCGUUUUUGAGGGUAUAUUUUCACCACAAGAGGAAGAGAAUGUCAGAGUUGCAGUAAAGACAAUGAGAGUUGGAAUUUACAGUCAGGAUGAUUUGCAGUCAUUUCUUAAAGAAGCUGAGAUCAUGCAGCACUUUGACCAUGACAAUGUGGUGAAACUUCUUGGUGUCACACUGGAGCAAGAACAGGACUCCUCCGUUCCUGUUCCACUUGUCAUCCUACCGUUCAUGAAACAUGGAGAUCUACGACGGUUCCUUAUAGCCACUCGUUAUGGUGACAUUCCUAUGUUUGUGCCACAUCAGAGCUUGCUGCGCUUUAUGGUUGACAUUGCCACAGGCAUGGAAUAUCUCAGCUCCAAGGGCUUUCUGCACAGAGAUUUGGCAGCACGAAAUUGCAUGUUGGGAGAUGAUCUACGUGUACGUGUGGCAGACUUUGGUCUGUCUAAGCAGAUCUGCAACAGUAACUAUUACAGACAGAAGAUUGCAAUUCGAAUGCCAAUCAAGUGGAUGGCAAUGGAAAGCCUUUCUGAAUCCAUCUACACCACCAAGAGUGAUGUGUGGUCCUUUGGAGUGACCAUGUGGGAGAUUGUGUCAAGGGGAAGGACUCCAUACCCGGGAAUCCCAAACCACGAGCUGUUGGAAAUGCUGGAGCAUGGGUAUCAACUUAAGCAAGGGGACUGUGAAAGUAAACUAUACAAGCUGAUGCAGAGAUGCUGGCACAAAGAGCCCUCUCAGCGGCCCUGUUUUGCAGAGCUGGCUCAGACCCUCAAAGAACUUCUGUGUGAGCUUCCGCCUCUGGAGCCGAGUAAAGAAAGCUACUAUAUUAAUCAGGGCUUAGAGGCAGCCAGUGUUACCCAAAGCGGAGCUGCAUCACAUGACCCUGAGGAAGUUACAGGGAAUAUCUACCUGCCCAAUCCGGUGGGUAAUGCAAGCUGUCUCAAACAGAAUGAGGAGACGAAGGAAGAUAUGGAGGGAGGAUAUCUGCUCUGUAAUAAGAGUGAAACAGACAGUUAGAGAAAUGAGCCACACAACCUGUUGUAGUGUGUAUACUUACACUUACAGGCUCAUGUGUAUGUUUGUGUGUAUUGUCUGUUGUUCGAUGUACAGUUUCCAAAUUUUCUAAAUAUUUUUUUAUAUAGAUAUAAAAAAUAGUCUUUUUAUUUUUGCAACUAAUAUUAUUUCAAAAAAUGUUAUGUGUUGAUAAAAUAUAACUGUUUUUUUUUUUACUU